UGGUGCAGCGCCCGCCCCCGGUUGCGGGCGCAGGCUGGCGGACGCCUCCGGGCCACGUGGUGCGCGCGGCGGGCGCGUCCGAGGAGCCCGUAGCAGCUCCUGGCUCACAGCGCUCCGGGCUAGGCGAGCGGGAGGACGCCGUGUGCUGGGUCGGUGCUGGCGGCAGGGCAGGCGGAGGAGGCGCAGAGAAAGCCGGUCGGCCAGGACGCUGCAGCAGGCGGCGUCGGGGCCGCAGCUUCGGCCCUUCGUGCGCCCCUAGCGCCAGGUUCCUGCGCCCUGGGCGCACGGUGGAGAGGGACCCGGAGUCGAUCGCGGGGCCGCCAUGGAGCCUGUCCCCUCUGCGGAUGCCGAGCUACAGCCCCUGAUUCUCACCAACGCCUCGGACGCCUUCCCCAGCGCCUUCCCCAGCGCGGGCGCCAAUGCGUCGGGGCAGCCGGGCGCUCGGAGCGCCUCAUCCCUCGCCCUGGCUAUCGCCAUCACCGCGCUCUACUCGGCUGUGUGCGCAGUGGGGCUGCUGGGCAACGUUCUUGUCAUGUUUGGCAUCGUCCGGUACACUAAGUUGAAGACGGCCACCAACAUCUACAUCUUCAACCUGGCCUUGGCCGAUGCGCUGGCCACCAGCACGCUGCCCUUCCAGAGUGCCAAGUACCUGAUGGAGACGUGGCCCUUCGGGGAGCUGCUCUGCAAGGCUGUGCUCUCUAUCGACUACUACAACAUGUUCACCAGCAUCUUCACUCUCACCAUGAUGAGCGUUGACCGCUACAUCGCCGUCUGCCACCCGGUCAAGGCCCUGGACUUCCGCACACCUGCCAAGGCCAAGCUGAUCAACAUCUGCAUCUGGGUCCUGGCCUCAGGUGUUGGUGUCCCCAUCAUGGUCAUGGCUGUGACCCGACCCCGGGAUGGGGCGGUGGUAUGCAUGCUCCAGUUUCCCAGCCCCAGCUGGUACUGGGACACGGUGACCAAGAUCUGCGUGUUCCUCUUCGCCUUCGUGGUGCCCAUCCUCAUCAUCACAGUGUGCUACGGCCUCAUGCUGCUGCGCUUGCGCAGCGUGCGCCUCCUGUCAGGCUCCAAGGAGAAGGACCGCAGCCUGCGGCGCAUCACGCGUAUGGUGCUGGUGGUGGUGGGCGCCUUCGUGGUGUGCUGGGCGCCCAUCCAUAUCUUCGUCAUCGUAUGGACGCUGGUGGACAUCGACCGGCGCGAUCCACUAGUGGUGGCCGCUCUGCACCUGUGCAUCGCGCUGGGCUACGCCAACAGCAGCCUCAACCCCGUGCUCUACGCCUUCCUGGACGAGAACUUCAAGCGCUGCUUCCGCCAACUCUGCCGCACGCCCUGCUGCCGCCCGGAGCCAGCCAGCUUCAGCCGCGCCCGGGAAGCCACCGCCCGCGAGCGUGUCACCGCUUGCACCCAAUCGGUCGGCCCGGGUGGUGGCGCUGCCGCCUGACCAGUCCUGGCUGGCCCCCGCGCGCUCCUCCGAAAUGACCCGGCGGUCACACUGAGCCCCCUGGGAAGCGGGGACCACUAUUCGAAAUGGGGCAGUAGAAGGUCGGAUUCUGUUUUGGAGAAGAGCAUGGGACUUGAGGCCAUCCAGCGGCCGUGAGGUGGAGCCUGUGCAGUGGGGUGGGCCUCGGCGCUGGUGCAAGGUGGAAGGCUCCAGAUUGGGACUGAGGGGCGGGGCCUGCAGCUCUAGAACCGAGCCCCUUAAUAAGGCCUCUCCAGCGGGGUGGAGAGUUGGGGACAACCUCUAAUUCUAUCUCACCCCGAGUGGGACUUCUAUUGGGUUCUGCCCUGAGACCUGAGGAUUCUGGGCCCAGGAUCCAGUGGUGGGGACAGGGGCUUGAGUUGUAAGAUUGGGCAUGUGCACCGUGUAGAGGAUCCUCUCCCAGGAGGAGAUGGGGGUACCACAGAGUGAGGCGGGAUGCUGCUGGAGAAUCGGUCACGAGAUAGGAGGGCCUGUAUGCACUAUCUGGAACCUCAAAUUUUGGGUGGAGUGCCACCCCUGUUCUAGCAAGGGACAGGACUCCUUGAGGUCUUCGUUCAACUUUACUUCUUUAUAGAUAAAGAAAAUACAAGACAAACAGAAGGAAAGAGAGAAAUAAUGUACUUUCUCUCUUGGACAUUCAUUUCCAGGGAGUGGUUCAGAGAUCCAGCUCCACAAUUGACCUAGUGGCCACAACACCAACUUCCAGUGGGGUUUUGGGACAGGAUGGUGGAGCCGGGCUAGCUGUUCUAUCAAAGACGACUGAAACGGGGCCUUGGUUGGGACAGGGUCCCCAGGGCCCUAAAGCUCAGGGAAAAGCAAGAAGGGCUGGGUGCUGCACCCAGCUUCAGUGGACCUCUGUGCCAAGGGGCAGCAGUGGGUGGGCUGAGACAGAGAGGUAAGGCUUCUGCUGUGAAAUUAGUCCCUCAAGGUUGAAGGUGGAUGUUUUACAGAGACCCCAGGGUCCUGGCAUUUGUGGCCCAGUACUAGAACACAGAGGGCCAUCUAAUGAUAGCUCCAUGCAUGGUGAGUGCACUGGAACUGGGCUGGGGGUUGCCAGAAGAACAAGUACAGAUGCUUGGAAUUCUGAUAAGCACCCCAAUAUUCUUUCCCCUUCUCCCAGCAUCUGGCUGUGACCCAGGUAUCUGGUGCCAGUGACUAGUGAACUGGAACUGCCCACAUGGGGCCUGACUUGGAAGGAACUGGGGGAAAGUGCCUUUCGUAACUGCAAUGCUAGUGUUGGCCAUGAUCCUCUCUCCUUUUGCCCAAAGGAUCCAAGGUCCCUGACCUAAUUCAAUUCACCCAGCUCCCCCUUCAAGCUACUGAGGGUAGGGUUCACCUAAAGAUGGUCAUAGGAAUCUGUUCAGAUAUCCCAGAUCUUUGCUUCCCUUCUCCCCAGGCAGGGUCUGUCUUUGCUACCCAUCCUCUGGGCCUCCUCUUCCCCCGCCCCCCAGACACUGUCUGACUGCCUCAGCAACGCACCCCUGACUCCCUAUUGAAGCAGCCUGGUGACAUCCUUGUAAAAACAAAUUUAAUUUUCUUCCUUUUUUGGGACAGAUGGAAAGAAAUUGACGUCUUUGUCUCAAACAAAAAAAGAAAAGAGAAAGAAACAAUAUACCUCUUUCCCCUUUGACAGCCAUUUCUUUGGAACAAAGGCUGGAGGCUGUCACUCUGGCAGGCACUGAAGUAGCAUUCGGGGGAGAGGGUUGGGCACCAAGAAGGGCUUCGUGCACUUUGUGCACAGGGGUAAGAGUCCCUUCAGUGGUCAAAGUGCAGCCCUUCUUAGGGUGAAGAAGCCUUGGACCUGGAGAUAUUCUUCCUCUAGGAAAUAGAUCCCCUGGGACCUAGGAUGCAAGGCAGUGGUCACCACUCAGAUCAGCCUGCUAAGCCACCAUGACCUGGGGUCUCAAGCCUCCUAGCUCACCUCACCAACUGAAUGGACCCUGUGACCAUAGAGAUUUCCAUUUGAAUGUGUAGGGGAUGUGUGAAUGGGGGUGAUCAGCAAGGCAGGGGCACCUGGAUACUCCUAAUCAUUUGGGAAUCUCCUACUUUGGGGAGAUGGCAGAGAAAGGGGACAAUUCAGGAAUUAGGGAAGACUCCUGAAUUAGAUGACAGAGAAGUCAGGGCUGUUUAUUUAUCUUGCAAGGACUGUGUCUUCUCUGCCCCCACUCAGAAGAGGCCUGUCUCAAAGCUGCUUCAAGCCCACUCACUGCCACCCCCUGUGGGUAUAACAGAUCUGGUUGCUUUUUAUCUCUUUGAUAUAAAAUUGUUCUAGGUCAGCAGAGGCUGACCCAGACUGUGUGCAUUUAAGGAAAUGUACACUUGUGUUGAAAUCUACUUCCUGCUAGGCUGUGCGCCCUGGGCACUGGGACAGGGAAAUGUCGGGCUUGACUCUGCCCUCAGAAAUCUCAGAGCCAAUGCUGGGAGACAAAGCAUAAACAGGUAGUUGCAUGUCAGUGAUAAGUGCAGCGGCAGGGAUCCCCAGGGAUGGCAUCGCAGGAAGUGUCUUUUUAGCUUUUUACUAAAAACACUUGUUUGAAACAAUUCUAUAAGAGCUUAGAAGGUGUCAAGGGACCCUAAAGGAUGAGUAGGAGCUGGUCACCAAGAAGAGGGAACAGUGAGUGCAAAAGCAUGGGGCCAGGCAUGGUGGCACACAUCUGUAAUCCCAGCAGCUCAGGGGGCUGAGGCAGGAGGAUCACAAGUUCAAAGGCAGCCUCAGCAAAAGUGAGGCCCUAAGCAACUCAGUGAGACCCUGUCUCUAAAUAAAAUACAAAAUAGGGCUGGGGAUGUGGCUCAGUGGUUGAGGGACCCUGAGUUCAAUCCCUGGUACCAAAGGGGGAGGGGGGGAAGCACAGGGAUGUUCAAGUGCUUGGCAAACCCAAGAAGUUCGGUGCAGCAGGAGCACAGGACUUGACUGAGCACGUCCGAGUGCCAGGCUCACUGCCAAAUGCUUUAUGCACUUUAUCCCAGCUGGUCCUUGUGACUGUCCAUUCGGGGAAGUAGUAUUAUUCCUCUUUUAGAUAAGAAAGCCAAGGCUCAAAGAGAUCGAGCCACUUGCUCCUGAGUCACGGGGCCUGUUAACAGCUGCAGAACUCAGGUCAGUGGAAUUCCAAGAAAAGUUCCAGGGUCCAAGUUUGCAAUUAAUUCCAGGCAUCAUUAAAAUAGAAAGACAUUGGGAGCUGGAACCCUGGGAUGGGGUUUUUGAAGACUUGAAACAAAAUGGGAAAACCUGAAGGAAAAGGGCAAAUUUUCAUGAACUUUUGUUCCUCCUGAAGCUCUCUAAAUCUUCACAUUUCAAAAUGUACCGUGUGUGAUACAUUCUAAAGCUCCAAAUUGACAGUGUAAUUCUAGAUCAUCACAGGGUUCUGAAAACUGCAGAGUAGGUCUCUACCCCCCUAAUUUUCCAUUGCUCAUUCUCUAGGAGAUGGAAGGGAAGCUUUUGCUCCUGGUUUAAAAAUGUCCUAUAGUUGGCUGGACGUGGAGGCACAUGCCUGUAAUCCCAGUGACUUGGGAGGCUGAGGGAGGUGGAUUUGCAAUUUUGAUACCAGCCUCUGCAACUUAGCAGGACCCUGUCUCAAAAUUAAAAUAAAAAAGGGGGACCUGAGGGGGUAUAGAUUAGUGUUAAAACACACCUGCGUUCAACCCCCAGUACCAAUAAAUAAAAAUGUCCUACAGUU